AUGCAGUCUGUCCCUAAUGUAAAGCUGCAUCUACCAGCAUCUAAUGUGUUUAUUCCUAUGAAUUUUUCAUUAAUUGAUGAUAAGGACAAGAAUGGCUUACCUGUUUUGUUGAGGAAGUCACUCUUCUCCAGAUUGUGGUACAAGCCUGAGACAACAUUUUCCAUACCAAAAGCAUAUGUUAAGAUAGAUUUCAACUGCCCCCUUGCAGUCAAUUCUCCUGAUACUGCAGCUCUUACCGAUACUUUUGUGCGGUUACUGAUGGAUUAUUUGAAUGAAUGUGCUUAUAAUGCAAUGAAAGCUGGUCUGCACUAUGGACUAAGACUUUCAGACAAUGGUUUUGAACUGACUCUUGCUGGCUUCAAUCACAAACUGAGGAUUCUUCUGGAAAUUAUCAUUCAAAAGAUAGCAAACUUUGAAGUUAAACCUGAUCGAUUUUCUGUUAUCAAGGAAAAGAUCACAAAGGCAUACGAAAAUUACAAGUUCCGGCAACCAGAUCACCAAGCAAAGUAUUACUGCUCACUAGUACUACAAGAUCAGGCCUCGCCAUGGACAGAGGCUUUUGAUGCUGUUUCUCACUUGGAAGUUGAAGAUUUAGCUAAGUUUGUUCCAAUGAUGUUAUCAAGGACAUUCUUUGAAUGCUAUAUAGCAGACCGUUUUCUCCUUCCCAGCCAGCUGACAAAUAGGGUUGUUAAACUCCAAGACGGAAAGAAAUACAUCUACCGCCAAGAAGGGUCAAACCCUAGUAAUGAAAACUCUGCUCUGGUGCAUUAUAUUCAGGUUCAUCAAGAUGAAUUCUCCAUAAACAUUAAACUUCAGCUUUUCCAUCUUAUUGCUAAACAAGCCACUUUUCACCAGCUCAGAACCGUUGAGAAACUUGGUUACAUCAAGUCACUUUCCCAAAGGAAUGAUUCUGGUGUCUAUGGUGUACAGUUCAUCAUCCAGUCUUCAGUUAAGGGUCCUGGACAUAUUGAUUCAAGGGUUGAGUCACUACUCAAGAACCUUGAGAGUAAACUCUACGAGAUGAGCGAUGAGGAAUUCAAGAGCAAUGUAACAGCUUUGAUAGACAUCAAGCUUGAAAAACACAAGAAUUUGAACGAGGAAUCUAUGUUUUACUGGCGAGAGAUUCAGAACGGGACACUCAAGUUCAACCGUAGAGAUGCAGAGGUGGCUGCGCUGAGAGAGCUAAAGAAGGUAGAACUGAUAGGUUUCUUUGACGAAUACAUAAAGGUAGACGCGCCAAAAAAGAAAUCUUUGAGCGCAUGCGUCUAUGGCAGCCAGCAUCUGAAGGAAAUGGAGUCUGACAAAGUCAAAGUUGUAACACCAUGCAUAGAGAUCCAAGACAUUGUGGGUUUCAAAAAGUCUCAACCUUUGUAUGGAUCGUUGAAAGGAUGGAGUCAGCUGAAACUGUAA